AUGGCAUGGUGGUGGUGGUUAAUAUCAUUGUUACAAUCACCAAGCAACAAUAGGACGACAACAAUUCCACGUAAUCGUAAUAGUGAGCGUGAUCAGCGUGAACGUUAUAGUAGUUACAAUAAUCAAUAUAGUACUAAUAACAAUAUGAUCUCAUUAAUAAUAUUAAUAAUGUCAUUCAUAAUAUUGACAUUAUUUGAACAUGUGAAUAUUGUGGCAACAGCACCCGCAUGUCGGAUUAGUGAAUUCCCAUGUAGGAAUAAUCGUUGUGUACGAUUAGAUAGAUAUUGUGAUGGUAUUGAUGAUUGUGGUGAUAUGUCUGAUGAGCCACGAUAUUGUACAGUGUGUAACAGAACGUAUUAUGGUGAUGUUGGUAAAACAUAUGAGCUAGAAUUGGGAAAACCAUUAGAAGGGCGUCUUCCAUUUUUAUGUCAUCUAACAUUCACCGCCAAUGGUCAUAAUCAUGGCGAUAUUGUACAGUUAAUAUUCGACGCAUUCAAUGUUGGUCGAUACGAACCAUCGGCAUUAGAUGGCUGUCCAGAUGGUUACAUGCAACUGAGUGAAUUAGGUCGACCGUUCACGGGUGGCUCCUGGUGUGGUUCCUCGACGGGAUACGCUGUUUACUACAGUGAAACGUCAACAAUAACAGUAUCCGUAAAAUUAUUUCAUGCACAUGGUACAACGCCCUUUGAAUUUCGCCUCCGUUAUAAAUUCGUGUCCCAAUUAGAAGCUAUCGUACGAUUUGGACAUCCUAGUGCCCCACUUGAACGUGGUCAAGUAUCACCUGGUACCUAUUGUACGCGUAAAUUUGAAGAAUGUUAUCGUAAGCCAUGUCGUUUACAGUCACCUAAUUAUCCUGGAAUGUAUCCACGAAAUGUGACGUGCUAUUGGAGUUUACGACAGAAAACUAUUCCGACAUGUAAGCAUGCAAUGAUUUCCGUUAGACAGGAAAGUGCUCAUAAAAUGCAAAUGAAACGUUCAAUCAGUGUUGCUAGUUUAAAUAAAACUGGGAGGGCAUUAAAAGCUUGGAAAGAUUGCACAGGAGAACGUGAUCAUUUAAUAUUUUACGAUGGAGGAACAACAAACGAUCCGGUGCUUGUAAAAUAUUGCGGUGGUGAUUGGUUACCUCGAGUAGUAUCUCGUGGACCUGAAAUGUUAGUGGCAUUUCAUUCCUCCCCUUUUAGUAUCCCAUUACAUUCACAAAGUACGCCAUCUCCAUUACGAGGAUUCGAAUUGGAUGUAAAUAUCAUAUUUGCCGAUUCAGAUUCAUUGGAUUACUCUCGUGAAGUAAGAACUUGUGAGUUUGACGUGAAUGCAACGAACCCUGAUAGUGAUGAGAUAUGGACUCGACAAAAAGGACGAUUAGGUAGAUUAGUAAGUCCUCGACAUACUCUACCACCCAAUACCACGUGUGUAUAUCGGUUUCGUGGUAAACCCGACGAUCGUAUAUGGAUUUAUUUUAUAUCAUACUCAAAUCAUGCUCUUUUACCUCCACCUUCACAAGAUGGCGCUGAAAAUAAUAAUCAAACUCUAGGUGGAAUGUCAAUGUCAUUCAAUAAUGUCACAGUAGAUGCAUGUCUCACACGAUUACGACUCUGGGAUGGAAAUAAAAUCAUCGCGGAGCAUUGUGAUGAUGAAAUGCCUCGAUUAUGUGAUCAUACGUCAUUAAGUAAUGUAACAAGAAUGACACGACCAUGCGCAGCACAUGAAAGCUACAUAUCAAAAGGUUCGGAUAUGACAAUUGAACAUCACACAGAAGAUGGCACUGCUUUACAUCCGGCAACAUUUAAACUAAAAUAUGAAUUCGUUGAUACUCGAUUGGGAGGUGAAGCAUGGCCAGGAAGACGAGGUGAACCAUGUUAUCGUGUAUUUCGAAAGCAAUCCAAAGGACAAAUUGUUUCGCCUCGUAAUGUGUUUCUAUUUGGACGUGGAGGUGCUACAAACUUAUCAUGUGUCUAUCGAAUUGAAGCUGGAGCUGGAGAACGUAUUCGUUUAACUAUUUUUAAUAUUUCUUUUGGUGAUAAUCCGUCGUGUUAUACGGAGCCCGAUCCCCAUACAGGGCGAGCUCGAUGUACCUACAAUACAGAUGUAGAAGGUUAUGCUAUUCGUGAGUUACGGUUAUGGGAGGUGCCAUGGCGUGAAGUACGUCUUCCUAAAACAUGUUUCUGUGAUAAUUCAUCUUUAACACAAACCAAUGCUCGUCCUCUAGUGUUCCUUUCAUCGUCACGAGUGUACGAGAUACACUUUAAUAUAAAUAAUAUGAAUAUUACCGAAGAUUUUCGAGAUAUUUAUUUCUUUGCUGCAUUCGAAAUGGUUCGUACACCUGAUUGUCCACGAAAACAACGACUGCGUGGCUCUGGUGGGGAAGUUGAGUUACUACAUCCGCCAGAGAGUCGAUCUGAAUCCUAUUGUGAUGGUUUACCAUGGUUUGUUGAAGCACAUGAAAAUAAAAGUUUAUUUAUCCUGACGUGGGGUGUAUUUUUACCCUUGGAGCCAGCAAUUGAUGAACCAAUUCGAUGUUUAACAAAGAAUCGAAUAAUGUUAUACGCAGGACGGCCAGCAAAGUUAUUGAAAGUUGUUUGCCCUUUAGAGCCAAAUGCUAAACAAUUUGCAGUGCACGUAUUCUCCGAAGAAUGGUUCGGUGUGGGUACAGCAGAAUCUCCAUCGACCAUGUACUUACAGCCACAUAGACCGCCAAAUUUUCUAGUUGAGUUUAUUAAUCGAGAAUCAGGCAUCGCGGCAUUCAGUUGGUUGGAAAUUUCUCGAUCUCGAUCGUCGUUACUCCAACAAUUACAAAUCGAGUUCCCAACUACUUUGAACACAACAACAAAUGAUACAACCUCGGCUGGUUUACCACCCGAUUGGGACUGCCAAUAUCGAUGCCCUGAAUUGAAUGCUUGCAUUAGUUCAAGUUUAUGGUGUGACGGACGAAUAAAUUGCCCUUCUGGAUUUGAUGAAAAUGAAUCACAUUGUGGAGUAGGACGUAGAAUAUUUAACUUAUUCCCGGGGGGAGUGUAUACAGCUAUAAGUUGUACGGCAGCUAUUAUUGCAGCAUUUAUCUUAUUUUUAUUAGUCGCUGCCGUACAUAGAAUACGUGCUCGACGAAGGCGUCGACGUUUAGGCAAGAAGAAAUUGAUUAAUAGUGAUUUAGGUUCAAUGCCACGUAGAAUAGGUACCGACGAAUUUUUGAUUGAUACGGGAUCAACGCUGUCCUCCUGA